CCGCGCGUUUAACCUCGACACUCGAAGUAUGUUCCUCCGCUCGCCGUGGCCUUCUUUAAAACAGUUCUUCACAAGCAGUCGGCUUUCGGUCAACUCAAAGCACAGCCACGUUAUCAGCAUAGACGGGCUUAAGUGCAGAUGAGAGGAACCGAUUAAAGGGAAACAAGCCGGCCGUGUUUCAAAGCCAUCGAUUUCCACGGGCUUUGUUUGCAAAAGAUCGUCGUGUGUAGAAACACUUACUCAAACACACUCGCUUCUGAUAUCAGAGCUCCACUCUCAGCGCUCGGCAGCGGCCUUUUUUUUUUAACUAAAGAACUGCAGUAAAACUGUGGACACACACACACACAACGCUAAAGCUCCGAUUGACAGCGAGGAUGCCAUUUAUUUUAUCGUAUGACAAGCUGCUCUGCUUCUUUUUUUAAUGGCUUUGAAUUGAAGGAAAAUUGAAUCUCAAGAUGAGAGAUCAUGGAUGGUAAAAGGCGAAAUUGGUUAUGAUGCUCAAAAACAUAAAGACAUAUUGCCUGUUGUUUCUUUCACGGUUUCUUCUUUUCGAUACAAAACGUUUUUUUAAUAUAUAUUUUCAUUAGUAUAUAUUUCUUUUUUUCAGCCUAAAAGCCUGCAUAAGAACAUAUACAGAGCUAAAGCUGCAGUUUGUAGUUUUAUGCAGUUGUGACUCGGCCAGAUUUUGGCGGUGAGGAUAAAUGCCGCUCAUUCUGAAUCUGUCAUAAGACCAAAUCAAUUUCACACUGCACCAGUGGGCAACUGGGUUACAAGCUGUCUGCUCUCAGGUGGCAGGUCAAUAGACCACCCGUUCAUUUCUGCAUGUAGACUCAAGCAACAGGCUGCUUUACAUUUUAUGAUCCAGAGUGUUUAUCUUUUUUAUUUCAUGACUGUUAACAUUGUAAUUUAAUAAAAUGAUGCAAUAUAGGUAAUGACAUGUACGUUUUAAGCAUAACAACUCUUAUAGUUAUUGAUUUUCAGAACAAACUUUGGAAAAUCAAUAACGCCAUUAUCUUCCGCUGGAGAACUACUGAACAUGUCCGCAUGUCUCCAGCCCCCCCCCCAUCCCCUCCCUCCAUUGUGAGCCUUUGUAAAGAAUGAGUCAUUAUUCUCUCAUUUUCCGCCUGCCUUCGGGUCCCAUCCUUGCCUGCGAUGAAUUAUAGAUGGUGAGCCCGAAUUGACUGGUUGAUAAAUGUGUAAUUAGCUUCUGGAAGUAGUUUUUAAAUUUUUUUGUUUGAAAAGAUAGUUUCAAACUCGGGGUGUUGUUUGCGAUCCAUCAGACUGGAAAUUCACAUCAGAUGAAAGGAUCUGUUUGUGAAAAAAAACGAGUUGGCUCUUUUGUUAUCUGUCUGUUAUGCCAUUGUGUUAACAGUCAUUUUGUUAGUAUUGAUUGUCAUCUCUCUCUGUGUGUCUGCUGUGCUGCGCAGUCAUUUUUCCUGCUGGAUUUAAAUUAAACUGAAGGAUGUUUUGAUCAGAUUUGUCAUGCAAACUCUCUCUCACACACACACAUAAACCUUUGAGGUGUAUGUGAGCUGUCGCACCUGUGAUGCACGUGUGUGUGUGUGUUCGCUGUUGGAUCCAUAAGCUCCACGUCUAGGGGACUCUUGUCAGCCUUCAACAACAGCUAAAUGAUAACGGUGCCAGUGAAGAUCCUUUUAUUCCUUUGCACAAUAAAAAGCUUAACGAUUAAUGAGCCAACGCCUUUUUUUGUGUGUGUUGGGGGGUUUAGAAAAAAUAACUCUAAUACCCACAAUUCAAUGGGGCCUUAAAAAAGAAGCGCAGCUGUUUGAAGAGACAGAUUAUCUUUUAUUCUGCCAAAACCUUCAGCCAGUGACAUUUAGUAGUUGCAAUAGAGUGAGAAGGUGAAGGUGGCAGAUGUGCCGCACGCUUUGUUAGUAAAGCACAGAGCACCGCUGUGUAAUGUCAGAGGAAAUCGGUCCAUCCUGGUCUGAGAAUGGCUGUCGCCACCGCUGCACGUGCUGAAAUGACUACACGAACUACAAAAAUAACCUCACCGACCUCUGCUCUUCUCCUUCUGCAGUUGGGACGACAGCAGCUCGGUGAGCAGCGGCCUGAGCGACACUCUGGACAACAUCAGUACGGAUGAUCUGAACACGGCCACCUACUCCGCUGACAGCUCAUCGCGCAAAAGCAAAGGAGCGCAGUCCCAGAAAGGAAGCAGGUCCAAACAUGCAGAGCAGGAGGUGAGCAGCAGCUGGGCCGGAGCCGAGGACCUGAAGAAGGUGGAGGAGGAGCUGGAAGCGAGCAUGGACCCCGGCAGCGGCUCCUCCCGCUGGAAGCCCUCCUCGUCCUCCUCGUCAUCCUCUUCCGCUCAAGCCCAGAGUCAGUACGAGGACGCCGGUCAGAAGGCCGCCGCGCUGGCCCAGAUGUCCCAGACGGGCUCGUGGAGGCGGGGCAUGACGGCCCAGGUGGGCAUUACGCCACCCAGGACCAAGGGUACCUCCGCUGCCCACAAAACACCAGGUAAAACUGAUGAUGCUAAGGCCUCGGAGAAGGGCAAGGCGCCUUCCAAGAGUUCAGCAGCCAUCCAGCGCUCACCCUCCGAUGCCGGGAAGAGUAGCGGAGAUGAAGGUAAGAAACCUCCCUCCGGCAUCGGACGCCCACCCACCACUGCGUCUUUUGGAUACAAGAAGAUCCCCGGUGCCAGUGGUACCCUAAUCACCUCCAGCGGGGCAACGCUCGCCAGCGGCUCAGCCACCCUGGGCAAGGCGCCCAAAUCCUCAGCUGCCCUUGGCAAAGGCACAGGCAUCGGUGGUGUGCGCAAGACCAGCUUGGACGGCUCACAGCCCCAGGAUGACGGCAUCCUACUCACCUGCAGCACCUCCAAAGUGACCCUGCAGUACCGCUCUCUGCCCAGACCGGCCAAAUCCUCCAGCGGAGCAGCAGCAGGGCGCGGCGGGCACCGCUCCAGCUCCAGCAGCAUCGACUCGAACGUGAGCGGCAAGUCAGCCGGGGGGGGCGGCAGCUGCGGUGGCUGCGGCGACACAAGCGGGCGCCAAGCUCCCAUCACCAUCAACCAGACGGAUAAGGAGAAAGUGGCGGUGUCAGACCAGGACGCCUCAGCAGGACUAUCCACCUCUCCGAAGUCCAGCCCCACCUCCAGUUCAACCGGUCAAUCAGGCCUCAGGCAGCCGGGCUCCAAGUACCCCGAUAUCGCUUCCCCUACGUUCCGCAGAUUGUUUGGCACCAAAGCCAGCAGCAAGGCCAGCUCUCCGGGCACUCCCGACUCUGGCAAGUGCCCCUCAAUACUUGGCAGCCCCCACAGCACGCUGGCGAGGCAGGCCAGUCUGGACUCGCCCUCCUCUGGCACGGGGAGCCUGGGCAGCGCUUGCGGCCUGAGCGGCGGCAGUAGCCCGCUAUACGGUAAAACCCCAGACCUGUGCACCGACUCCCCGGCGUCCAGCCCGGCCUCUGGCCUCUCCCUGCCCUCCAACGCUCGGCCCUGGCCGGCCUGUAGCUCGUCAGCUGGCAGCAAGGACACACUGAGCUGCCAAAGCAUGACCAGUCUGCACACCAGCUCUGAGUCCAUUGAUCUCCCGCUGGGCCACCACGGGCCCAAGGUUACACGAACCGGCAGUGUCAAGUCCACCCUGUCUGAGGG